GUGUAACAGCGCCGGGACGUCGGCAGCAGGAAGAGGGGACAGUUCUUCAAAGAAAAAAAGAAAAGAAAAGAAAAGAAAAGAAAAGAAAACCAGCUGGUUCGGGUUUUAAAAAUUAUAUCACCAAAACUAAAACCCGGCGUCAUUCGGCGUUUGCAUUUGAAACGCCGCGAUGAGGCGAGGCGACCGCGGCGUGAAUGGCUUUGAGUCGGAUUCUAGUGAUGAUAAUGAAGUUGAAAGCCAUGUGGUAUCAGCAAGUGAAACCCAAGACGCGGUGACGAGAGGGAGGAACUUCGUUGGCUUCUGGCUCCUAGGGUUGUGCAAUAACUUUGCCUACGUCAUUAUGCUGAGCGCUGCCCACGACAUUCUCAGCAAGCAGCAAGCAGGGACCAACGCCACACUGCCAACAGCCCAGCGCAAGGUGUUGAAUGGGACAGACUGGGAACUGGCCAGCAUCGCUGGGGAAAAUUCUACAAACACCAGCCGCUAUGAUUGCAACCCAGUGUCCACAGCCGCUAUUCUUUUAGCUGACAUCCUCCCCACUCUUGUGAUCAAGUUCUCCGCUCCCUUCUUCAUCCACCUCAUCCCAUACAGUGUCCGAGUCUUGCUGUGCUCCCUCGCGGCUGCAGCCAGUUUCGCCAUUGUCUCCUUUUCCACUGGGAUCUGGAUGAGCAUUCUGGGUGUGGUGUUUGCUAGUGUGUCCUCGGGUCUAGGAGAGCUCUCGUUCCUUGGCCUCACUUCGUUUUUCCACAGCUCCGUGAUUUCAGGCUGGUCCUCUGGCACAGGGGGGGCUGGUAUUUUGGGGGCGCUCUCGUACUCCGGCCUGACGCAGGUCGGUCUGUCCCCCAAAAACACCCUGCUGGUGAUGCUGAUCGUACCCGCGCUCAUGAUGAUCAGUUAUUUUGGGGUCCUGGUGCACCCCCCCUCUCUCCCAGGCUGGUCACGGAAGCGUGCACCUCCCCAAAAAGACAGGGGGGCCAGGAGACCCCUGUUAGACGAGGAGGACCAAGAAGAUGUUAUAAACGCUGAAACUCUGGGUCUUAAGGAAAAGGGUUUUGUAGUCAUGGGUCUGCUGAAGUAUAUGAUCCCUCUGGCUGUUGUUUAUUUCGCUGAAUAUUUCAUCAACCAAGGGCUGUUUGAGUUGCUGUACUUCCCAAAAUCAAAUUUGAAACAUUCAGAGCAGUAUCGCUGGUACCAGACUUUGUACCAGCUCGGCGUGUUUAUCUCCAGAUCGUCAGUGAACUGUGUGCAGAUAAAAAAGAUCUGGAUUCUUGCAGGCCUACAGUGUGUGAAUGCGCUGGUUCUGUUUCUGGCAGUGUAUUACCAGUUCCUCCCCAGUAUCUUCAUCGUUUUUGCCUUCAUCCUGUACGAGGGGCUGCUGGGAGGGGCUGGCUAUGUCAACACCUUCAAUAACAUCAGCAGAGAGAGCUCCGAUCUGCACAGGGAGUUUUCUCUGGGAGCUGCGUGCGUCUCUGACACUCUGGGAAUCUCUCUCUCCGGAGCCCUGGCUCUCCCGCUGCACGACUACCUCUGCCGACUUCCCUGACAAGAGGCAGAGAAAUUCAACCGAGCCCCACAAACCCACCUUCCCUCGAAUUGGUUGAGCCCUUCGGCACUGGUCCGGUUUCCGAGGAGCUGAGGGAUCUCGGAAAACUUCUCAAGUCGGGUCUUGAAGGAUCUCUGUGAUUCGGCAUCAAACCGCAUGGGUCUGGAACCCUUUCCACCCCCCCUCACCCCCCCUCAUCACAACCUGUGUGGUGACAAUUCUGGUAUCUUUAGUUUCAUAAAAUGUAAAGGUUAUGGUGUUUUUUAUUGGUUAAAA